GAUAGCGUGGGUCUACAGUUCGUCAUUAUGGUGCUGAGCGUUUUUGGAGGCCUCAAGGGCAUGCUGUGGGCCCUUUCUCUGGAGUCUCUUUUGCCCUACUUGAAGGAGUUGCAGUACGAUGCGGUCGUCUACCAACGGACACUGACCAUCGCUCUCGUUCCGUGGGGGCUUAAAGGAUUCUUCGGAACAAUGAGCGACUGCCUUCCCAUCCUGGGGUAUCACAAGCGGUAUUACAUGUUUGUGGCUAACGUGGUCGGGAUCUCAUCGGUGUGCUGGUUGCUCAUGAUGCCUCCUUCUAUGGCUCAAGGCAGCAUCGUCGCCCUUGCUAUUCCCUUCUUUGGAAUCCACGUGCAAAUCGCCACCAUAGACCUUCUGUGCGAAGGCGUCUACUCGCAGUUCAUCAGAAACAACCCGCCAAUCGGCCCCAAACUGAUCGCCUUUGUGAAUUUUUGCACCUCCGCGGGAAGCCUCUUGGGUCGGACGAUUGUUGGUCCCGUCUCCGAUACGUACGGAGCCUCACCCCUCUUUUGCGUGUGUCUGCCCCUCGCCUUGCAGUCCCUAUUCCCUGUCCUCAUGAACUUUAUUGGGGAAGAGAAGCUCGAGAUGCGGGGUAUGUGCUCCCAAAGGGGUACCCACCUCCAGGGGAGUCAGGGUGUCUUCACCGUUGCCCUCCUGGCCUCCGCCUGUACGUGCGGGGUAGUGGUGCUCACGCUGACAAAUCAGGCUCACUACAGCCUUCCCUACGCCCUGUUGGUCUUGAUACUGCUUUCGGGAUCGUGUUUCUGGCUCCUCCCGCGCCGCCUCGCACAGUGUACGAUCUACUUUUUCGUGGACGCCUUGCUGCACCUCAGCAUUCAGGGUGCCGUGAACUUCUUUUACACGGCGGACGCUGCGUGCGUCCCCGACGGCCCCCAUUUUGAUUACACUUACUUCUCCACAUACACAGCGAUAGCAGGCACUGCUGCUAGCUGGUUCGGGAUUUGGGCAUUCCAGAGGUGGUUCAAGUCGUGGAGCUGCAGGUCUAUCUUCUGGCUAACGAAUGCCAUCCGCGUGCUCGACUCCUUGUUUGAUUUCGUGAUGGUCCAGCGCCUGAACGUGGCGUUGGGAAUUCCGGAUAAACUCAUGUACAUGCUGGGGGAUGCGAUCGCCUACCACUGCAUUAUGUCGCUGACCCACAUGGCGGGUGUCAUUACCGUAUCACGGAUGUGCCCGGCUAAGCUGGAAAGCACAGUCUACGCGAUCAUGUCGGGGAUUUCCAACCUAGGAUGGAAUUUGAGCAAACUCUUAGGGGCCAGAGCCAUUGAGGCUUCAGGAAUAUCCACGGUCGUUACCGCAGAAGGCGGCUGUAAUUUUUCCAACCUGUCGGCCCUCAUCCUCUUCUCUCACUUUUUCCUUCCUCUCCUCACCAUUCCUCUGGCAUACUUCAUGCUGCCCGCAGAGUCGCUAGACGCCCCUUCCCUCGCGAGUCAGCAUUCAGAGUUGGAGCUCCGAGCCGUUAAAGGUAUGCGGGUGCUGCGGGUGUCGACCGACGCCGAAGCGGAUGAGCGGGAGUAUGCAGAAAGUGAAGAGGACGAGGCCAGCACCACUGUAGAUGCGAAGGCUGGUGAACGUGAGGGUGAGAGGGCGGGAGAAAGGACACGCACAGCACCUAAGGAUGGUGAAUGCAGGGAUUCCGCGUCAACGGUUUCUGGGGGUUCUUACUCGAUGGUCCUCUCGGGGCCCUCCUUGGCCGACACGGAUCUAAAGGACGAACAGGAGAGGCAACACCAGCCACUACAACAGCUUUAG